CGCUAGUAUAUCUACUCUGGAUGGUUCAUUGCUCGUACACAUCACCUGCUUCAUAGACUAAAACUUCAUGGAGAGAAGCAUGAGGGUUGUUUUACUACUAAUCAGGUUUCUAGCAGCUAUUGCGACCAUUACUUUCAGUUUUGGUUUAUGCAAUGGAGAUCCCGCUUGGCCUCCACUCUGCAAAGACAGCGAAAGACAAGCACUUCUGAUGUUCAAGCAUGAUCUCAAGGACCCUGCUAAUCGGCUUUCAUCGUGGGUUGCAGAAGAAGAUUCAGACUGUUGCAGUUGGACAGGAGUUGUCUGUGGUAACAUAACCGGCCACAUCCACGAGCUGCACCUUAAUACUGACUCUUAUUUGGAUCUCGACUCUUGGUUCGGCGGUAAGAUAAAUCCUUCUUUGCUUAGUUUAAAGCAUCUCAAAUACUUGGACUUGAGUAACAAUGAUUUCAGUACAACACAAAUUCCUAGUUUCAUUGGUUCUAUGAGAAGUUUAACACACCUUAAUCUCAGAUACUCAGGGUUUGAUGGAAUAAUUCCCCAUAAACUGGGAAAUCUCUCCAGUCUACGUUAUCUGUCUCUCAAUGGUAUCAAUCUGAAGGUAGAGAACCUUCAGUGGAUUUCUGGUCUUUCUCUGUUGAAACACUUAGACUUGAGUUCUGUAGAUCUUAGCAAAGCAUCUGACUGGUUGCAAGUUACAAACAUGCUCCCUUCUUUGGUAGAGUUAAAUAUGUCCGAUUGUGAACUUCCUCUCAUCCCCCCUCCACCCACCACAAAUUUUACUUCCCUGGUCGUCCUUGAUCUUUCUGGAAACAGUUUUAAUUCUUUGAUGCCAAGCUGGGUUUUCAGUCUUAAAAAUCUAGUCUCUCUUCAUCUCGUUGCUUGUGAUUUCCAAGGUCCAUUUCCAGGCAUUUCACAAAAUAUCACAUCUUUGAGGGAAAUUGAUUUGUCAGACAAUUCUAUUAGUCUUGACCCAAUUCCGAAAUGGCUGUUUAACCAAAAAGACCUUGCAUUGACUCUAGAAGGGAAUCAACUUACAGGACAACUUCCAAGUAAUAUUCAGAAUAUGACUGGUCUUAAAGUUCUUAAUCUCGGAUGGAACUACUUCAAUUCAACCAUUCAGUCCACCAUACCUGAAUGGUUGUAUAGCUUGAACAAUCUCGAGUCCUUAGUUCUUUCUCACAAUGCCUUACGUGGUGAAAUAUCGAGUUCCAUUCGAAACUUGACAUCCAUUGUCGAUCUUCACUUAGAUGAUAAUCAUUUGGAAGGGAAAAUCCCAAAAUUUUUGGGACAUCUUUGUAAGUUGAAAGUUCUUGACCUGUCAGAGAACAAUUUCAUGGUUCAAAGAGCAUCUGAAAUCUUUGAAAGUUUGUAUGGGUGUGGUCCAGAUAGAAUAAAGUCAUUGUUGUUGAGGGGUACUAAUAUAUCAGGUCCCAUUCCAAUGUCUCUAGCAAAUCUGUCAGGCUUAGUAGAAUUGGACAUUUCUGGAAAUCAGUUUAAUGAAACUUUCACAGAAGUUAUUGGUCAACUCAAAAUGCUAACGGAUUUGGAUAUAUCUUAUAAUUCGUUAAAAGGUGUAGUGUCAGAAGCCUUUUUUAGCAACCUUACAAAAUUGAAGCAUUUCAUUGCAAACGGAAACUCAUUUACUCUCAAAACUAGUCGAGAUUGGCUUCCUCCUUUUCAACUUGAAAGUUUGCAAUUGGAUUCAUGCCUCCUGGGACCUGAAUGGCCAAUGUGGCUUCAGACACAAACGCAAUUAACAGAUCUCAGCUUAUCUGGUACAGGAAUUUCAAGUAUUAUUCCAACUUGGUUUUGGAACUUAUCUUCCCACUUACGUUAUUUGAAUCUCUCUCAAAAUCAAUUGUUCGGGGAGAUUCAAAAUAUAGUUGCUGGUCCUUUUUCAGUGGUUGACCUUAGUUCUAAUCAGUUCACUGGUGCAUUGCCUUAUGUUCCCACCUCAUUAUAUUGGCUAGAUCUUUCCAGUUCAUCAUUUUCUGGAUCUGUUUUCCACUUCUUCUGUGAUGGGACAGAUGAACCGAAGCAACUCUCUCUUCUUCAUCUGGGGGACAAUCAUCUCGCUGGAAAAGUACCCGAUUGUUGGAUGAAUUGGCGCAACUUGGUAUUCCUAAAUUUAGAAAGUAACCACCUAACAGGGAAAGUCCCAAUGUCCAUGGGAUACUUGCACAAGCUGGAAUCGCUGCACUUGCGCAAUAAUCUCCUGUACGGAGAAUUGCCACAUUCACUACAGAACUGUACCUGGUUGUCAGUUGUUGACCUUGGUGGAAAUGGGUUUGUCGGAAGCAUACCAAUAUGGAUAGGGAAAAGCCUUUCAGGGUUGAAAGUUCUUAACCUUCGAUCGAAUGAGUUUGAAGGAGACAUUCCUUAUGAAGUUUGUUAUUUGAAAAAACUCCAGAUAUUGGACCUUGCAUGUAACAAACUCUCAGGAACGAUACCCAGAUGUUUCUACAAUUUGAGCGCCAUGGCUAAUUUGUCAGAAUCAUCUUUGUCAGAUAAUUAUGAGAUUGUUUUUGGGGCUUAUUUAACGACUGAUUUUGGGACUCAUACACUUCUAGAGGAUGCAAUCUUGGUAACGAAAGGGAUAGGAGUGGAAUACAGCAAGAAUCUGAGAUUCGUAAAAAGCAUGGAUCUUUCAUGCAACUUUAUGUAUGGAAAGAUCCCUGAAGAACUUACCCACUUGCUCGCAUUGCAGUCACUCAAUUUAUCGAAUAAUACUUUCACCGGAAGAAUUCCUUCAAUGAUUGGUAAUAUGGCACAGUUAGAAUCUCUUGAUUUUUCCAUGAACCAACUCCAUGGUGAAAUUCCUCCAAGCAUGACGAAUAUGACAUUUCUGAGUCACUUGAACUUGUCAUACAACAAUUUGAUAGGACGAAUUCCGGAAAGCACUCAGCUGCAGAGCCUUGACCAGUCUAGCUUCAUCGGCAAUGAACUCUGCGGACCUCCGCUCAACAACAAUUGCAGCGUGAAUGGAGUGAUACCGCCACCAACAGUUGAGCAAGACGGAGGAGGAGGAUACCAUAUACUCGAAGACGAGUGGUUCUACGUGAGCAUUGGGCUUGGAUUCUUCACAGGGUUUUGGAUUGUGCUUGGUUCUUUGCUGGUAAACAUGCCAUGGAGCAUUCUUCUUUCAGGAUUACUCAAUAGGAUAGUGCUUAAACUGUAUCAUGUAAUUGUUGAAUAUGUUUAG